AUGAAUAAUUUAGGCGAUGACCAAAUUAUUGUUUUGUUGGAAGGAGAUAUUUCUGAUCUUGAUAUUGAAUUCUCAGAUAAUGAAAAUGAUAUUCAAGUAAAUAAUUUAGAUUAUCCCUCAGUUUAUUGGAACGUUGAUUUUAAUGCUAGCUUAGGUGACAAUUUUGAAAAUAAUAAUGAGUUAGAACGUAAUGAAAAUCAAUUAUAUUUUGAACAAAUUUUACCACAAGAACAGUCAUAUUUUUCUAGUGAUGAUGAUUCUGAACUUCCUUCAUCUAUUCGUUAUAAUAAAUAUCGAAAAUCAUUACCUAAAUGGAUUAAAAAAGACACUGACUUUGUUAACACUGAUUUUGACAAUUGUUUUACGCGUAACGAUGACGAUUUAACUCCUUAUAAUUAUUUUAAAAAAUUUAUUGAUUCAAAUUUACUAGAAGAAAUUGUAUAUCAUACUAAUUUAUAUUCUACCCAAAAAACAAGUUCUUCAAUUAAUACAACAGUAUUAGAAAUGGAAACUUUUAUUGGUAUUCAUAUAUAUUCUGGUAUAGUAAAAAUGCCCAGCUAUCGUAUGUAUUAG